CGUAUCAUGACACGGCGUAUGACGAUGGCACAAAUACCCCAGCAAGGGCCUGGCCCUGGAUGGUCAGCAUCCAGCAUCCCCACAUACCAGGCACUGGGCAUCUGUGUGGAGGGUCGCUCAUCAGCCCACAGUGGGUCCUCACAGCAGCCCAUUGCUUCGUCGAUAUCAGGAACAUCAGCCUCUUGAGGGUGGUGAUCGGGGCCACACAGUUGACUCAGCUAGGUCCUGGGACACAAGUGCACCGGAUUAAACGGCUACUGACUCACCAACACUAUGAUCCUCGUACCGAGAGGAAUGACAUUGCCUUGCUGGAAUUGGACAAGCCCGUCCAGUGCAAUGCCUACACCCAGAUGGGUUGUGUGCCUGACAGCACAGUGAGACUGUCAGAGACGGAAACCUGCUAUGUUGCUGGCUGGGGUCUCACCGAGGAAGGAG